GCGUCGGGACUCGCCGCGAUGGGACCGGAGACGGCGCGGGCGGCGGCGGCGACGGCGCAGACAAAGGCGCGGGCGGUGCGGAGGGCGGCGCGGAGGGCGCGGGCCCCGGAGCCAGCGAGCGAGCGGGGCGCCCGUCUGCGGGGACUCGGCGCCGCGGGGCCGCACCCGCCUAGCGCCCGGACACUUGCGGGGUGCAGAGCCGGCAGGGUGAGCCCGGCCAGCUGAGCCAGCGCUGGGAGCGCGGGGGGCCCCGAAGUUCCAGGGCCGGGGAGAGGGCGCUGGGGGUCCCGAAGUUCCGAAUACAGAGGCUGGGGGCAGCUGGGGGAGCCCCGAAGUUCCAGGGCUUGAGAGGGCGCGGGGACCCCGAAGUUCCGUUGUCGGGGUCGGGGAGGGGACAGUGCGAGCGGUUCCCGAAGUUCCGGACCCGUCAUUGGAGGAGGCUGUGAAGAUGUCUCCGACGUUUCGGACCUGGGGUGGAGGGGCGACGCGAGGGAACCCCGAAAUUCAGGACCCGGGGAUGGAAGGGUGGCAGGGGCGUCCCCGAAGUUCAGGAGUAAGGAACAGCGCGCAGGAUCCCCUAAGCUCUGGACCUGCGGUUGCAGGAGGUAGAUAACGUGUCCCCGAAGUUCUGGACCCGGAGUGGGGCGGGGCGUCGCAGGGAUCCUGGAAGUUCCAGGGUCGGGGGCGGCACUUCCCGAAGUUGGGGCGCGCAUAGGGCACCCUGGUCCUGACCCUGGGAACUCGAUCCUGACUGAAUAUCAGAUCCCCUGGACUGGGGCUCCUGGGGUGGGGCUUCGCCCCCGCACGCGAUUGUGGAUCCCGGACACCGGGCGGAGUCGGGCUCCCCUUUGGAGCCCCGCGGCCGGCAGCGUCCGAGGCGCAUGACUCUUGGUGAGUAACUUUUCCCAAAGCCGCAAGUCGCUGCAGGAACAUCCGCUGCAGGAACGUCCGGGCAGGAGGCGCCUGAGUUUCUAGGAUCCCUGCGCCCCGGAACCCUGGCUCGACCCAGGACUCACCCCCAACCCCGGCCAAAGUCUCUGCCCCUCCCCCACCCAGGGGCUCCGGUUUCAGACCCUGUGACCGGGACAGAAGCUGCCCAGGACAGAGUGGGGGGGCAUUCCCCCCUCUGACCACGGAGGCUACCGAGUCUAGGCCUCCCUUCCCUUAGUUUGCCUCCCCCCCUCCCCCAGGUCUCUCGUGGACCUGGAUCCCGCCCAGCCCCAUGGUACUGGGAUUGAGUGGUGAUGGGUGGGCACCAUGGUAGACCUGUUGAGCCACAUCUUGUCUUUUUAACUAGGCUGGAGGCUCCCUGGGGAUUUGGACUUUGACUCCAAGGUGUGCCUCUGCCCUACAGUGGAAGCUGAGGGGUCUCUUUGUGGGUCCAGUGGGGGACCGGUCUCCCAGUAGGCACCUGUCAAUGCCCCACUUAUCGAUGGAGGCCCUGCUUUGAGGAGUGAUGGACGAAAGUGUCAGGAAGUACUGAACAGGAGUUGGCCACCUUGGCCUCCUCCACCCAGCCCAGAGAUUGAGAAGACUUCACUGGGGGUCCAGUAACCAGGAAGAUGUGAGGUGUAUGCUGGGCUGUUAGAUGCCACCUGGCUCCUAUCAGAGGCCGUCUCCUGCCCAGGGUGUUGCAAGAGUUUCCUCCCAAUGGAGAGAGUUGGGAUCUUUUUGCUGAGUGAUUCCCUCACUUUUGGAUUGAAGUUCUAUGAAUGGUGUACUUGGAAGUGGGUCCUGGGGCUGGAUAUGCUUGGCCUCCCACAGCCUGGUCUGGGGAGACACUCACAAACGUCCUGUCCCCCCAGAGGCCAAGCCAGCUGUUCCUACCAUCCCCCUGGCUGUCCCUUGGAGCCCACCCAGACAAGCCUGACCAAUGUCCACAGCCAGGGAGCAGCCCAUCUUCAGCACACGGGCGCACGUGUUCCAGAUCGACCCGGCCACCAAGCGGAACUGGAUCCCCGCGGGCAAACACGCACUCACUGUCUCCUACUUUUACGAUGCCACCCGCAACGUCUACCGAAUCAUCAGCCUUGGGGGUGCCAAGGCCAUCAUCAACAGCACUGUCACCCCCAACAUGACAUUUACCAAAACGUCCCAGAAGUUCGGGCAGUGGGCAGACAGUCGCGCCAACACCGUCUAUGGCCUUGGCUUUGCCUCUGAGCAGCAUCUGACUCAGUUUGCCGAGAAGUUCCAGGAAGUGAAGGAAGCAGCGAGGCUGGCACGGGAGAAAUCUCAGGAUGGGGGAGAGCUCACCAGUCCAGCCCUGGGGCUCACUGCCCACCAGGUGACCCCGAGCCCCCUCGUCAGCUCCAACGGCCCCGGCGACGAGAAGCUAUUCCGCAGCCAGAGCGCGGACGCUCCCGGCCCCGCUGAGCGCGAGCGGCUCAGAAAGAUGCUGUCCGAGGGCUCGGUGGGCGAGGUGCAGUGGGAGGCCGAGUUCUUCGCGCUUCAGGACAGUAACAACAAGUUGGCGAGCGCCCUGCGAGAGGCCAACGCCGCCGCCGCCCAGUGGAGGCAGCAGCUGGAGGCCCAGCGCGCAGAGGCCGAGAGGCUGCGACAGCGGGUGGCUGAGCUGGAGGCCCAGGCUGCCACCGCCGAGCCACCCGCGGUCAGUGAGAAGGAGGGACCGGGCCAGUCGCUGGAGCAGCUGGAGGCACUAGUGCAAACUAAGGACCAGGAGAUCCAGACGCUGAAGAGCCAGACUGGUGGUCCCCGUGAGGCCCCAGACAGCGCCGAGCGUGAGGAGACACAGCAGAAGGUGCAGGAACUGGAGACCCGAAACGCGGAGCUGGAGCACCAGCUGCGGGCAACGGAGCGCAGCCUGGAGGAGGCACGGGUAGAGCGGGAGCGGGCACGGGCCGAGGUGGGCCGGGCCGCGCAGCUGCUGGACGUCAGGCUGUUUGAGCUGAGCGAGCUGCGGGAGGGCCUGGCCCGCCUGGCCGAGGGCACGCCCUGAGUCCGGCCUCUGGGUCUACGUGGGAGCAGGGGCCUGCGGGAGCUAGUUUUACAUGAACGAUUCCCGCCUGGGGCACGGGCCAGGCCGCAGGCGGCACAGUGGGCCAUUCCCCCGGCAGGGACUGGGGCCCGACUCAGCCUGGGGAGGGCCUGUCCACAGUACUCCAGCCGGCCCUGGCUGUUCACAGCUCACGGGCUGUUUUUGAGCUCUUCAUCGUGUAGAAUUUCUAGACUCCCCAGGGCAUGUGCUGGUGCCCAAAUUACAUUUCUAAGCGUG